UUCUUAGGUAGAUAAUAACUCAGUGCGUUGCAGCUGGCCGAUUAUAUAAGGGAUUUAAGCUGCAUUGAUUUUCCGUCGGUUAACCAUGGCGCGUGUCGUCGAGACCAAUCGAUGAUCUUUUGUUUUUCUCUUGGCAAAAUUCCUAAGUGGUUUUGCACUGCUGUUUAUAUUGUUGGUCAACAGUGAUGGGAAUCUUUUCAGCCACCGUUUAAGGUAUUUUAAACAGAUUGGUGUAGUAACAGUACCCUUCCCAUCACUGUUGGCCAGUGACGUCGCCGGUAUAAGAAUAGCUAUGAUGUCCGCCUGGUGAACGGCUGAAAAGAUGAGUGAUGCAGAUCGUCUGGUGGCCAACCUGCGCCAUGUGCCCGUUCGUCUGCCCAAGGAGGUGGAGGUUCGCCGAUUAUGUCGCUCCCUGAGUGACUUGCUCCUAGAAGAACCAAAUCUGCUAAGCCUCCAAAGUCCGCAGAUUGUGUGCGGCGACAUCCACGGACAGUUCCAGGAUCUGUUGCACCUGCUGGACUUAGGCGGAUCGAUCGACUCGGGACAUCGCUAUCUGUUCCUGGGCGACCUGGUGGAUCGGGGAAAGAACAGUUUGGAAACCUUUCUCCUUCUGGCAGCACUUAAAGUUCAGCAUCCUGGAAAAGUGAGCUUACUGCGGGGCAACCACGAGUGCCGUCGUGCCACGCGAUCCUAUGGAUUUUAUGCGGAGUGCCUGGCCCAAUAUGGUUCCGCUAAUGUCUGGAAGAUGUGCUGUCGUGUUUUCGAUCUCCUGCCCCUGGCGGCCAUCAUUGACGGAAACAUAUUUUGCGUUCAUGGCGGCCUCUCGCCGGAAAUCAAACAGUUGGAUAAGUUCCAAAAGCUGGAUCGCUGCCACGAGAUUCCCGAAAGUGGCUGCAUAGCCGAUCUCCUAUGGAGUGAUCCCCAGGAAGCACCAGGAUGGACUGCAUCGCCACGCGGACAUGGUCAUCUCUUUGGCGGCGAUGUUGUGGAGGAGUUUAAUCGGCGGAACGGAAUUUCCCUUAUAUGCAGGGCUCAUCAAUUGGUCAUGGAUGGCUAUCGGUGGCAUUUCGGCCAAAAGCUGGUGACCAUCUGGUCGGCACCCAACUAUUGCUAUCGCUGCGGCAACAAGGCGGCCAUACUACAUGUCAACUCUGGCGGGGAUUAUGACUUUCAGGUGUUCGAAGCGCAGGCGCUGCACACAAGACCACAGCCGAAGAGACUCAAAAAGCGGUGUCGUCAGUUUUUCCUAUGAUGCAAUCUCCUCGACAAUCUUAUCGCUUGAUACAAUGUCAAGUUCGCAAAGAGCAGAAGCAUCAGCUGUUGCAACUAGUCACAUACCCACCUAGACACUCUUAAAUCAAUACUCUCCCAUUCCACAAUACUCUUAGUCUGGUAAUCAAUAAAAAUUUACUCAGCGAUGGAUCUCUUAAAGCUUUA